UCAUCAACUAUAUCAUUCCGUGUAAUACUAAUCAUCAUCUUGGCAUCUACAACCGCAGGGAUACGCCUUCUAGAACUCUGCCGGUCGUUUCCAGCGCGGGUACCCAACAGCGAUGCGGAGCAAAAACGACCAGUACUUUAGGCUAUCAUCUCACGACCAUUCCCAGGACAUCACCGACCUUACCGACAGAAACCAAAACACAGGCGAAUCACAUCAUGGCCCAGAUCUGGAGAUGGUAUCGAUCCACUCGGCGUCGAGUUCGAGGUCUUCAAGCAGCUCGCCACCUCAACGAAAGAAUACCUGGAGGAGUGUCCAAAGCACUAACAGCUUGGCAACAAAUACCUCAAAAAACUCCAUUAGCACUGGAUUUGAGAAGCUGAAGAAUGGAUGGGAUAGAGGGUUUCGGAAGGGCAAACACAAAACACUCCCUUCGUUACCGCGAUAUGCACAGGGGUCUAUCCAUCAGCAUCCUGCUGCGGAAGUCGAGCCGACCAAAAUUGGGCGUGGGAUAUGGAAAGAUCAGCUGUUGGUAGAUCGGUCACUGCGUACAAUGGCACUUACCAUGUGUCUGUUUGCGUUUGCGAUCGUUAUUCUACUCAUCGUCAACGCGAAGCCGUAUAGCGAGCGACUAAACAAAUCGACGUCAUCGGUAGGCGGCGUUACUCAGUCCUGUAAAGCAGUCAAGAACGAAAACGCCGCUCUUCUGUUGUUGAUCAAUAUCGCUGGGACAAUGAUCCUGGGUAUGAGCAACACCUACCAGCAGCUCAUCACCUCCUUGACGGUCCAAGACAUCAAGCCCGCACUGGAGAAAUUGGGAGACUCUAGAGUCGGUACAAAUUCCCCAUUCAACAUCAACCAUAAAACUUUUGGGAGAAAGAGGUCUUGGGUUGCAUGGACACUAUUGGUUGCCACAUCAUUACCCAUCCAUUUCCUCGCCAACUCGCUGAUGGGUCCAUCCUAUGUCACAAUGCCGCCCGAUCACGUCGAGUACAACGUCACCACCCAAGAAGGCAUGGACCGCAUAAGAUCCGACCUAGGCUAUGGCAGCUUCCUAUGCUGGAGCUCUUUCCGAACUGGGCGUGCACAUUUUGCGCGACCAGAAAUGAUGAUGAGUCAAGAUAUGGACCAAUUUCAGACUUCUUCUCGAUACUUUUACCGGAAGAUCGUUGUCAGCUACGACUCGAAGAAUUGUGAAGGCCUGGAGAACUCUACGACUGAUAUUGCGGGAUUGCAGCACUAUUCGUUUUUUCAUGACAUGCCUACUUUUAUGGAGGGGAAUUGCUCGUCGAAGGCGAAUGUGAAGUGUAACCUGGAGGAUCCGGCGCCGGUUGCGUGCCGCUUGAAUGUGAGGAUGAGCGCUGGGCUUAUUCUUGCUGUUGCGUUGGUGAUCAAGGCAACGUAUAUGGUCACUAUCAAUAUCCGCGCACGAGGACAUAUCAAACAACAACUUUUAACAUUCGGGGAUGUCAUCGUGGCUUCAGCGACACACCCCGAACUACGGAUCCAAGGGGAAUGCAUGGUAAACGCCCGCGAAUCCUACCGACGACACAACCGACACACCUGCCACAAACACUGCAAGAACCCAGUAGCUUCCUUAACCGGCGACGAAAUCGGGCAUUGCCAAUCCCGCAAGAAAUCGUGCAAAAAGUUCAACUCCACCAACAAGUUGGCCAACCAACCACAACCCACGAUCGCGACGAAAAUCAAACGCGGGUUGAUUAGCAAUCUUGGGAAUACUGCGUUGACGCAGAUGGUUAUCAUGGUUUUCACUGGGGUGAUCUUGCUGGGAGCGUCGCUUUUAUCUGCGGUAAUGAUCGGGAGCGAGCUUGACCUUGUCAACAAAGGUUGCGAUUCAAAGGGGAAGGACUCGCCGUAUUCAUAUUACUACGACCCGAUAUACUGCGCCGAGAGCAAAGUUGGGCGACUCGGGAUGCUGUCAGGUGGUUGGGGAGGCAUCAAUACAUCCAAACCAUUGACUACCCUGGGGAUGAAUAGUUAUUCAGCCGAGAUAGGUUCUUUCGGCAUAUCCAACGGCGCUCAGUUCAUCUACAGUCUAUUAUAUUUGAUGUUCAUAUAUAACCUGACCUUGAUCAGCCAAGAGCAUGACUGGGGCAAGCUCGAACACGACCGCAAGCGCCUUCGCACCACGAUCGUGAAAGGCGAGGGCUUUACGCAAGACUACCUUCUCCAAUUGCCGAAGAAGAUAUUGAUACCAACCAUGAUCUCAUCGAUUCUCAUUCACUGGUUACUUGGUGAAGCUCUUCAUACGCAGGAAGCAAUAUGGUUGGACAAAAGCCCCGAAUGGAACGUCGAACAUUCUCAAUAUGUGGUGUCUUACGCCACAUACCCACUUUGGUGCGCGACGGUAUGCAUUCUUGCCAUGACUGGUGUUUGUCGAUGGGCGUUCACGUAUCGUCGAGAGGGUUUCAUCCCGCAGAUGUUUGGAAGCAUUCGCGUGCUUUGCUCUGCAACAACGCAACUGGACGAUUUCCCGGUCAGUGGGAUCAAGUGGGGAGAUUUGGGAGAAGGGCAAAAAUUCCGGCACGCUGGGCUUUCUGGAGAAGAGGUCAUGGGUAUUGUACCGUAUGAAAUCUAUGCGGGGAUAAGUGAGGACGAGGACGAAGUACCCCGGGAAAAGAAAGAGAUCUGAUC